GGAUGUUAUGCUCAAACAGGCAAAUAAAUGAGGAGUUGGCUAUUCUAGAAAAGCAUCUCAUAAAAAAUGGAUACCUGAUGAAGUUCAUUACGAAAUGCAGAAAAGAAUAACCCAAGGAUGAUAAACAGCAAGCUGAAAGAAGAAAACCUAUCUUCAUGCGCAUUCCGUUCAAUGGUGAUGAGGUUUCAGGAAGAAUCGAUGGAAGAGUCAAGGCGGCACUAAAAAUUAACUUCUCUGUUGCUCAACAGUUUUCACUAUACAACACCAAGUGUUCAUUAAAUCUUUCAAAGAUAGAUCAAAACCCUACCGAUGUCAUCUCCAAAAGCAUUUAUGGAUUUACAUGUACCUGCGUUGGCAACUACUUAGGAAGGACAGAAGAAAUGGUCUCUACAAGGUUUUAUGAACAAAUUCCUAGGAACCUACGACUGAAAGCUGGUAAAGUCUUUACAAGUGCAAAUUCCAGACUCCUUUUGGAUAGUAGACAUGAGGUAAAUGUAAGUAAUGUAUUUGAAAUAAUUAACAGACAAGAAACACCAACCUUACAUCUUUCGGCGAAGGCCAUCAAACGUUGUUACUGACUGACCUUACCUAUGUAUACUGAAGGAAAUGUGAUUAGCCUUUCCCAAUUAUGGUGAUUUGUGUUUCGUCUAAUAAGUUUUAUUAAUCUUAAUUUAAAAUCCUUUUUUCAACACUAUCCCCAACCUUUUAUCUUUGUU